AUGAAUGGAGGGAGACGGUGCAAUGCAAUGCAAGUGAUGAUGGAGAGUUCAAAGGAGGAACACUCUGAUUUAACCAUCUGCUUUGGUCUUAGUGGUCAACUUGUAGUUAAUGCUGAAAAUGACUUACCGAUGAGUGCAGCAUCUGCUAGUCCUUCCGCCGCUCAAAUCCUCUCGCUGUUCCGCUCUCUCCUACGCGUUUCACGAGAUUUCCCCGAUUACAACAUCAGGGAAUACACCAAACGACGGACCAUCGAUGCGUUUCGUCAUAAGGCCGCUCUGUCCGACGCGUCUUUAAUUUCCUCCGCCUAUUCACACGGCAUGUCUCAGCUCGCCGUCGUAAAACGACAGGCCGUUGUGUACUCUCUCUACGCCCCUUCGCUCCGCAGCGUGAUGGAACUACAACAAGCCCCUUCUAAUAGCGGCAAUCUGUAA